AGCUUUCAUUCAAGAUCGGAUCGGACAAGAUCUAAACUCGAUCCUCAUUUCUAACCAAUGACGCCACGAGUUGAUGGUGCAUAUGACAUCUGAUCAUUUUACCAGUAUAAACUCUGGGUGAAAAAAAAAACCAAAAAAACAGGGUCGAAUUAGUCCGUGCAACCUCUGUUAAGACUUACCUACUUCCAAAACUCCCUUUUUUGUAUACAAAUCGUUCCAACUCUCUAAUAUUGACAUACAAAACAUUCAUUUGAGGCAAAGACAUCAACCCCGGGGACCCACACACACAUGAUCAACCGGCUCCGGGCGACCGCACAGCACCUGACCACCAUGGCCUCGCCGACGACGACCAAGGCGACCGCGGCGCCGUGGCGCGCCGACUUCACGUCUCACAUCUCCAAGAUGCCGCAGGCGUCCUUCGUCCUGAGCACGCUCGACGCGGACGGCGGCGGGCCGCGGGCGCGGACGUGCAUCUUCCGCGGCAUGUGGGGCACGAUGCCUUCCAAUGACCGCAACCCAGCGGAGCGCAACCCGGGGGGUGUCUACGAGAGCGAUAUGCCCGUGUUCACGACGGAUGCGCGCAUGCAAAAGACGGGCCAGCUCGAGGCGGACCGGCGCGCCGAGGCGGUGUGGUGGGUCGAGGAGACGCAGACGCAGUGGCGGAUGCGCGGGGUCGUGUGGCAGCUCGGCCGGCAAGUCGGCGACGAGGCCAGGGCAGCCCUGGAGAGGAGGAUGAGGGAUCUGACGGGACAGCAACAGCAGCAGCAGGGGUGGAGUUGGGAGAGGGAGGUCACGGGUCACUUUGGGAAUCUGAGCCCGAUGAUGAGGGGCACGUUCAAGAACCCGGCGCCCGGGACGCCGCGGGCGGUGGAGCCCGGCGAAGGGACGGGGUUGGGUAUGGGGCAGAAGGUGGAGGAUCUGGAGGACGACGUAGCUCGGAGGAACUUUUUGGUCUGCGUUAUCGUGCCGGACGAGGUCGACAGGGUGAUCCUGACAAAAGAGGAUCCUCAAAGGUUCGUAUAUCGUUACAUUGGUGAUGGGCAGAAGAACCAGGAAGGUCGGAGCGGGAAGGUAGAUGGGGACUGGGAGAUGGUUGAGCUAUGGCCUUGAAUCAGGCCUCCUUUUGAUUAUGUGUCGUGUCAUUGGACAGAAUGGGAAGAGAAUAGAAACGAGAGCAUCUAGCUGGAACUCGUGCUGCAUGCUGAUUAAACGUUGUUUACUUGACUCUAUCCGUUCUCCAGGGAAACAAUUGGCGUCAUAUGAAUUACUGCGUAAACAGCAGGACAGCAG